UGAUAAAAUAACUGGGAAAGAGAUAUUCACAAACCAGUUUUACGAAGGUAUAAAAGUGUGUCACAUGACAUAAAAUUUUUAUUCUUAAUGAGCAGAGAUUCUUCUGAAUUUGCUGGAAAGUUCAUGUCAGGUUCAAUCCUCCUUUCUGCCACAAGGGGGCACAAACAAUUCCCAACUCAACCUACAGACUCAAGACAAUAGCCCACUGUUGACAAGUGUUCAGCAAACACAGAGAUGCCUCAGUAGACUAUUGUAGAGAACCAAAGAGAAGAAAGCAGAAAAAUGAUGUUCUUCAGACCAUGCCAUUUUAUAUGGAUAUUGAUCAUCUGCGAAUCUGUUUCAGGAGAUGAUGUGACAAAAGCGGUGAAUAGUGAAACUGCAUUCACUCUAGUGACUGGGGUUGCUCCUAGCACCACCAGCAUUAUAUGGAAACACAGAGACAAAGCUGGAGCUGUUGUGAAGGUCAUUGAAUGGGAUCGGGAGGAGGACAGCACUGACAUUCCCAACGCCAACUUCAAAUCCCACGCAACUCUGGACAAAAGCACUGGAAAUCUUAACUUAAAAUAUCUGCAGCUCAGACACAGCGGAAUUUAUACCGUCGACAUCAACAGCAAAGAGCAAAGAAAAAAAUUCUACCUUACUGUUAUGGAGCCUGUCAGCAAACCUCAUAUUACAAAAGAGUGCUUAUUGGAAGAUGUUGGUGAAUGUUCCUUGAGCUGUGAGGGGGAAGCCUCUUCUGAAAGUACAAUCAUUUGGAAAUACAGCGAUGGAGAGAAGGUUCAGGAAAAGUAUCGUAAUAUGAGGACAAUAACAGUGACCAACAGCAGUAACCCAGACAGCCACUACACCUGCACACUGAAGAACAAAGUGAGUGAGGAGACCAGUGAUCCAGUGUAUUUAAAAGAUCUGUUUCAGGAUUCAAAGAAAGGAAUUGUCAUUGCAGUCAUCAUUACUUUGAUUAUUUUGAUCGUUGUGGUGGUUACUGCCAUCCUUUUCCUUAAAAGACGUCUAAUAAAUGGUUAUCUUGCUGCUCGCCGUGAGAAACAAAUGAUUUCCAGGAUGCAAAGAGACAAGAGGAUCUUCUUGCCCUUUUUGUCUAGUCAUUGGCUCUAAAUCCCAGCUUUACUGAAGGAACUGGAGCUCCUAACCAUCUGUGCCUUCAUAACUUUGUCUGUUGCUUUCGGACCUCUCUGUCUCCUGGACCUCGUUGAUGGUGUUGGAAUGUCAUCCUUUGGUUCUGAAUACUAUGCUACAUAUGCUAAUAGCCUACUUAGUCAUCAAGGAGGAACAAUGAGAAUCUCUUACUGGCACCAAGCAGAGUUUUACAGGCGUGGCUGAUUGUGUAGAAAUAAUACCUACUAAAAAUGUCUAUUAUAUUAAGCAAAACAUAAAACACAUAUAGACCUGAAGUGGUAUACAUGAAAACCAAGCCAAAGAGAUUUGUGUCUUCAGGGAAAUAUGAACAGCAACACAUGCAUAUGAAAAAUCUAAGCUUUAAUCAAUUUUACAUCUCUGUUCUACAUAACACAUUAGUUUGUAUUGUGUAAUAGGUUGCAGUUUAAAUAAAUGUCAGAAAAUAUGUAAA